AAAGAAGGAAAGUCUAUUAUAAUUCCUUGUUUAUGUGAUGCUGUGUAUGUUGAUAAUGUAACAUACUUGUAUACUCUGUACAUUGGAUUUUCUGAAAAGAUAAUGAGUUCUCAAACCAGCUGAAGAAAACACAAGAAUGUUUUUUCAGACAAUUAAACCCAGAAAAUAUUUACUAAGACUAUGAAAAACAUGAGUGAUGCUGGUGCUUAUUGGAUCACUGGACACAAUGUUGGAAUGCAUCCUGGCAAGCACAUUCUGAAAAUCACACCCAGGGCCCAUGUUGUUGUGCGGUACCCCAGCCUACAAAGCUAUAGCUCUGAUCUGUUUGUGAAAACCGAGAGCGUAACUUGCUACGAGGGUGGCAGUGUGACAGUUCUCUGUUCUCAUCACUAUCCAUUAAAUCACCAUCGAGGUAAAUGGUGUAAGAUUGAUGGAGAUUGUGUGACUGGAACAUCUGGAGUUAUGGAUGGAGCUUCAGUUCUGCUCAAAAAUGUCAGUGGUGGACUUACUGUGACCAUGAGCAGUAUGACACUGAAGAACACAGGCUGGUACAUAUGUUCAGUGGCUGGUUCAAAGGCUCUUCACAUAACUGUACAAACCAGCUCCUCUGAAAGAGAAUCAUUUGCAUGGCUGGUGUUUUUGGGAUUUUUUAUUGUAUUAACCUGUUUGGCUAUGAUUCUGCUUAAGCCACAAAUUCAAAGUGCAGUAGAAUAG